AUGUUAAAGCAAAGGCACUUUUUGUUGCGUCAGUUGCGACUAUUCUCAUCUAAUUAUAACAAUCGUGAAAUAUUAACUGAUUAUCAUUACACUCCUUUUGAUGACAAUGAUCAAGGACCAAGGACUAGUUUAUCACGUUUAAACGAUGAGAUGCUGCAAUGUCAACAGAUUGGUAUUGGAAGUAUCAGUAAGUAUGGUUUUCGUUUAUACGACGGUCAAUUUCUCUAUGGUCCGAUUGCAAUUUUUCCGAAAGCUGUACUCUCAUGGCGUAUUCUUACACCAGAUGAUAUUACUCCCGAAUCAAUACAAUUCUUUGCAUUGCUUGAACCAAAGUUAGAUGUACUGGUAGUUGGACCAGGAGAUCGUCAACAUGUCGAUCCCGUCCGGAGACGAAUUGCCCCUUUUUUAUCUAAACAUAAGAUUGGACUCGAAAUCAUGCAUUCGGCAAAAGCAGCAAUGUUGUUCAAUAUACUGAAUAUUGAAUACCGUUGUGUGGCUGCAGCACUUUAUCCACCAGAUGAUUUGCUGGUAACGACAAAUGACCAAAGACGUCUGAUGAAUAUGUAUGGGGAACCGUUAAGUCAGACUACGGAUAUGGGUAGUAAUAUCGAUGAUAAGUUGAAAUUGGCAAAGAAAGCGAUGCGCAAGUAUUUGUCGGAAAGUGAAAUAAAGAAAUUGGAUAACUUGCAAACUUCGAGAUUUCUGAUGCCAGGAGAGAGCGAUGAUAAGAGUAAUGAAAAAUCGGGGAGAAAAAAAUGA